UCGUCUCUGCGCCUAGAAAAUUCCAGACGAGGCCUCCCGGCCGAGAUGCCUAAAACGCUCCCGUCUUGGCCUUGAUUUGCGUGCUUUUGCGUGACUUGCAGGCAAAUAUUCUCUUGGUUAUUCGUGUUCGUGUUGCUUCCCCGCCAUGCCCAACACAGGCAGACCUAGUCGGGAUUGCCAUCUGUGCCGCAAACGGCGAGUCAAGUGUGAUCUCGCCCGUCCUGCGUGCCAGAGAUGUAUCAAGUACGGCACCGAGUGUCCGGGAUACCGGGAUCAGCAAGAGCUGGUCUUCCGUAACGCAGACCCCACUGCCGUUAGGAAGCGCAAGAAGCGCACGUCGCAGUCUCCGGGGGUUAGUGGGUCACCGUCUUCAGCAGCAUCUGGUACGGCCUAUCCGACGCCGGUCCUCAGUCCGAAUGGAGACUUCAUGUUCACGUCUUCAACAGACGUCGUCUUGGCCAAGGGUGUCAAUUGCAACGCUGCUGCUCCUCUAACGCGGCCGGUGUUUCAACACUGGACAUCACACUCUGUUCCCAUCGUCCUCAAUGUCUAUUCCAAUCUCGACUUUAUCCAGGAUAUAUACAGUGGCUACAAUAACGAUGGACCUCUUAUUUGGGCAGCUCAUCUCUUUUCCCGCACCUAUGUGACCAACCUCCGUUAUCCGACUGCUAUAUCCAGGGACGCCCACGAAGAAACCCAGCGCGAGCUGGGUACUUACCUGGUCAAGACCCUAAACUCGGUCAACAAGGCGCUUGGCACGCCCGAAGGAGCUUUCAGAGACGACGUUCUCGCCACUAUAUGGCUUCUCAGCAACUAUGAGUUACUUAUCGGCUCCCUCAACCGCACGGAAACUCUAAGUCCAUGGCAUCUACAUGCCCGAGGAUUAUACAGUAUCCUCAAAAUAAGAGGAGUCGCGCCGCUACAUACGGUGAAAGGCCGCAUGAUGUUCUGGCCUGCCUAUAGCAUGGUGCAAAUUCAGUCUCUAAUCAAUAACACAGAGUGUCCUCCGGAGUCACAAGAAUGGUUCGAUGCUAUAGCACAAUCCCUAUCCCCAGGAGAAGGUCUCGGGCUACAUGUUUCUCUAUUCAUGAUCAAAAUCUGCAGUGUUCAGGCUCGGAUUUUCAGUUUUUUUCGGCGGCGAGACUUCAGCGGCGCAUCCAGGGAGUAUAAUGAUCUCCUUGCCCAGAUGAAGGCAGCUAUACAUGAAAUUGAAGAUUGGAUGGAAUCGAAUCCCGUGGGAAACCACAUGUUGGAAAUAUACGUGAUCAGCCUUUACCAAUCAGCCAUUGUCAAAGGAUUUAACGCCGUAAAGCUUCUCAUCAACUUCCUCACGCAUUAUCCCCUAUGCUCAAUUCCUCUCCAGCAACUCACUGCUGAUCGAGAUUAUUGCAUCGAAAUUGCUCAAACAUCAGCACAGGGGAUUAUUGAGACUGUUCCGCGUAUUCUUGGGCCCCUGGCGGCAAAAGGAAAGGACAAGUCUCCUAAGACCGUAUUCGAUGCAUUACGGAUCAUAUGGCCCCUUAUCUGCGUAUAUGUCAUGGACAUCUGCCGACCAGAACAGCGACUUACCGCAUCGGAAUACCUCUUCUACAUAGGUCGAGAAUUAGGAAUACGACAAGGGCUGAAUACCUACUCGACUAAAUUGACUCUGCCGCCCGAGGCACGGGUACCGUUUGGAGAGCACGAAGAAUUGUAACGCGGCGCCAAUAUUUGACUCUUUUUCACCAAAAUGUCUAUAGAAGGAACCGUCCCCAUGAAAGCUGUUGCUGGAACGACGGCAAGGCGUGUUUUGGAUUUAUUGGAUUUUGUGUUUUAGAUACCAAGGAAGAGUUUACCAAAUGUGUCAAUAGAGCUAGUUGUUUUGAUAAAUGAAACAUCAUAUGUAGAUCUGCC